GAUAACGUCAAGCUUCAACACCAUCGCGUAGUUCACCCCCUUAGCCUCCUCUCUUAGUCUCUCUGAAAACAAAAAAGUCCACUUCUCCCGAAACUUGGCCUCCGGGCCCACAUCCCUCGUCACAUCGGGGAAACUAUUCCCCAUUAAUGGCUAGUCUCAUACUUCCCAUGUGUUUUUCUGCUCCACCCAAGCUUUCAAGUCUGGGAUACGCCUGCUUGACCCCUACAGCCCCCCUGCUCACCGAACAAAUUUAUUGCGUUCGGCCGACACGGUUUUUUCAUAUUUUUCCUUCACUUUUCAAAGCUUUGCCGUAAAUGUCACAAGUGCCGUGCUAUUACGGAAGAAGUAAAUCGGAUCCACUAUCAAUCUUCCCCGCUGCUAGAUGUGAUGAGUCGGCAGAUCUUGGUGGUGAUGGUGGGCGUGGUGUUGUUGUUGUUGGAGGCAACGACAUUACGAGUUUGAUGAAGGUUUGCUAUCAACCUCGUCGUCUUGGUAGCGACACAGUCUCAAGCUUUACGAAUCUUAUUCGCAAACACAACACGUGUAAAUCAAACGCAAUGGAUGGAAAACAAUGCGAUGCAUACCAAAGAGAGAUCCGUUAUCUGCAUCUCUUCUGCAUCUGCUUACCUCGCCAAGCAUCCUCCACACACCCAACAAGACGCAAACGGAAUCCGGAUCGUCAAAAAGUCAAUUUGAGCUCAGACGGAAUUUGGGUUGAGCCUCCUGACUCGUGCCCUGUCUGCGUUUCUAUCUUCGUGUACAGAAUGUUGCGCAGUAGUAGUAGAGUCUUUCAGUUCACACUUUCACUUGCGCAACACUUUCAGUUUUCAAAGCUGCAGCACACGAGACAUGCAAACCUUUCCUUCCUCCCCUUCAAGUUUGAUAAGAGAAAAGAUAAUGAUGAUAUCCAUUCUCGGCACGAGCACAGUACAACUACCUUUUCCAUCCUCCCUCCCCUCCAUCGCAUCUUGCCUCCUGAACCAGAAAAUCAAGCCGGUGGUUGUCACCCUAGAGUUGCGAACUUGUCCUGUCAGCCAUCAGCCGAGCAUAACGGCUACAUAAGCUAGGGAUCAGAUGCGUCAUGCAUAAGUCUUGCAGCGACGACACCACCAUCAAAUAUUUCAAGUACAUCCUUAUCUGAAAACGAACUGGAAUGCAAAGCCAUCUCAGACCAGACCAAAUACAACGCAAUAACGGAUCAAAGUACCGUUCAAAAGAUUGGGACUUUCUUUGCCCCGCUCAUUACAUUCCCCUAAAAUAUUUGUCUCACCGCUGGGCAGAAUAGUCGCAUACCCCGCAUUGAAGCUCCGAACCAACCAGUCCAGGCCACAGCAGUAGCCGACAAUUACCUUCAGCGAAGCCAGUAUAAGAGUAAAGAGAUAAUUAGUUAAAGACUUAUUAUAUACUUAGCUGUAGCACUCAGCUAUCCGGAAUAUAUCCGGAAUAACCUCGAAUCGAAGCUAGUAAUACAGGAUAUUACUUAAGCUUAUACCUAGGCGGUAAUAAAGCUUCUUCGUGAGAUAUUUACAUAGCCACUAGAAGAGAUUACUAACGAGUUUCCACCUAGAAUAAUAU